GCAAACUAAAGAUGGCCGCGCCCAUUGAUGGAAAAUCCGUUCGUUUCCUCCUGAUCAAGGAAAGAGGAUUAUCAAAGAAGGAGCUUGAAGCAGUGUACAAUGAAGCUCACCAGUGUCUUGUGUCAGGGGCCCCACCCAUCCAGUGUGUACACAGUCUGAGGAAGCUUCUCUUGGCAAUCUCUUGCACCAAACUACACAGAGAGAUACCCAAGAAUCUACUGCGUGCAUUAUGCAUUGUGGUACUGGGAACCAAUACCAACUUGCCACAGUUUGAGCCCAUCAGCCUACUGUGCAGUGCAGUGCUUCAAGAGUAUGGCCCCACUCCUCAGCUGGAUGUGGAGCUAGGGGCGGGGCAGGCCAGUGAUCUCAGACAUGUUCCUUAUUUGCUGCCCGUCAUUUUAGCACAGGGCCGUUGCUCCAAGCGUCUUGAGAAACUUGUCUCUCAGAUGUUGAAAUGGGUGUCUACAGUGGGAUUCAAUUCUGAGAUCCAGUGCAGGGCUCUGUCCAGUCUGGUUACCACGGCAACCCAACACAGAGAUUUACUAUCUGAUGAGCAAAUCUAUGUGGUUGGAUCCCAGCUGAGUGACUGGUUAUCUAAUGCUAGCACCAAACAAGCAACAAGCCCUCACUCUAAGCAGAAAUCAAGCAAAAAUGAAAGCGUGACAGAGAUAGAUGGGCGAGAAUGCCAGGACUUCUUCACCCUACUGAGUCUCUCAUCCUACUAUGGUCAAGACCAGCUCCUCAACAUACACACCUUCUCCAGUCUGCGUGCCUGGUUACUAGCCACAACCACUAGCCCUGCUGGUGGGGCAAGCAGACCUCUGGAGGUCGGAGGAAGGGGGUUGCCAAGUUUAGGAGGAGAGGGGGCAUCGAGGGCAGCUUCCUCAGGGGGAAAGUUUGCCAACAAAGCGAGGAAAGCAAUGAUCGAGAAGGCAUGCGAGUACUGCCUCAGGGUCAUUGACCUCUGUCAUAGAAGACCUCUAAAGAUUCAAGAUCAAGACCUCAUACAAGCAUGCCUAGUUGAAGCGAUAGAGACCUUGAUAGUAAUCUGCAGACUAGACACCUCUCUGGUCUCCAAGCUUUAUCCAUCAAUCAAACAAGCUCAUACAAACCUUGCCAAGAAAUGGCCCAGAGUUCAGCUAGCCAUUCUUCAAUUCUUCCUGGACUACAGUGAAGCAUUGCAUGUGGUGUUCAAACCAGAGGAAACAAUUGCAGAUCUGUUUGGUGAGGUCAUUACAAGAUACAUGCAUGAUGACACCGUGACCUUUGACACUGUGACCUUUCUCCUCACCAAUCUCCAACAGCUUUGUCUGGAAACAGAACUUCUUGAGAAAUACUCUCCAAGUAUAUUAAGAAUUCUUGCCUGGAAUCCUCGCACCUUCUUGUCUGACUAUGUGGAGAUCUUACCAGCAAUGAUAUCAACGGACACUGCCAAAGAAAUGCUCCAUCUGCUUCUGGACCUGCCCUGCACCACCGCCUCUCUGAUCCUGACACAUAGAGAGAAACAGCUGAGACAGAAUCCUUCCCUUCUUGAGAGUCAGCCAUCUUGGUUGACCUCUGUGAACAUCCUGAGGAAACCUGAACACCAACCCUGGUUCAACUACAUCCUGAGGUCACAAUCAGGGAAGGGAGAUACUAUCACCAAGUUAAAUUUCUUAUACAAGUUGAUAGAGAACCUGGCGUCUCAUCCAAGAGUAUUGAUAUGCUCCCAAGCUAUUCCGUCGCUUGUCAGACUAUACUUCAAGACAGUAUUGCAACACGCAGACUAUGACUUGGUCUCUCAGCUUGUACCUAUCAUCCUGGAAAGAUCAGCCAUCCUCUUCCCUAUCACUACCUAUCAAGAUGAGAUGAGAAGGGUGUUGGGUGAUGCCCUCCUGGAGAUGUUCAGUCUUCAUCCCAGCUUGGUUGUAGAUCAGAGGACUGAACUCCAGGACUUCAUUGGAGCUUUGAGGCACAUCGAUGGCAAGGAAGACUUCUUCUCACAUGUGGUCUGGAUUAUUGGUCAGUAUACUGCCUCCAUGCAUGACAAAAGAUGCACUAUGGAAAUCAUAUCUGGUUACUAUGAGUCUCUUGAGACCCUACUCUACGAGGUCUCUGUCCUGGUCCAGUCCUCCACAGAAGGCAAACCACCAUACUCCAUCAGACUCAUGGCCAUCAUGAUGACAACCCUGGCCAAGCUUGCUUCAAGAUGUCAGGACCUGAUACCUCGAGUGAUCCUGUGCCUGACCAAGAUCUCCCAGCAGCAAACCAAGAGCAGAGUAGGUCAGGAUGAUAAGAAGGUCUUACUCAGCAGGGCGACGGAGCUCGUCAAUCUCCUCAAGUUACCAGAUGUUGCUUCAGCCAUCUUAAGCCCAUCAACUGAUAUCAGAGAGGGAAGAUGGCACUCUGAUGUCAACGCAUCCAUCCCACUCCUUCUCAAGGCAGCUAGUCAACUCAUCCAGCCCCAAGCAAGUUAGUCAACUAGGACAACCCCAAGCCAGUUAGUCAACUUACACCUCAGGCUAGCUAGUCAACUUGUACAACCCCAAUCCAGUUAGUCAACUUGUACAACCCCAAGCAAGUUAGUCAACUCAUACAACCCCAGGCUAGUUAGUCAACUUGUACAACCUUAAGCAAGCUAGUCAACUCAUACAAAGAAAAAUCCCAAUCUAUUGUAACUAACAAACUCAUUCAACCCCAGGCUAGCUAGUCAACUUGUACAAGCCCAAAUUAGUAAGUUGUUAAAGGCUUUAUAUAACCUCAAGCCAGCUUGAUAAGCUAGAUAAUCACAUAGUUCAGAUAAUCAUCUCUGAUUUAUAUCAGUGGCUAUUUUACUUGUAGAACUACUACUAACUAGUAAGGCAUUUAAAGUGUAUGGUAGCUGUAUACAGGAUAGUCAUCUGAUAUAGUGGCGUAUCGGCAAGUACCAGUUUUAAGCUAUAAAGUUCUGUUUUUGGAGAAUUAAUAUUUUUGCAAGUGGGGCAGUUAUUGUUGAUAAUGCUACUAUCUGUUAUGUUCUAAGAAAAACUAAGAACUUACAGAAUUUAAUGAUUUCAGAAAAUUCCAGAAAUUUACUAUCUCCAUAAACAUCCUUCCAUAUCAUAUGCGAUGUUGUUAUGAGGUCUGAUAUCGGUGUUAUUGAAAGAAGAUCCCUAAUGUUUUUGAGAGGACAUGGCACUGCCAGUGACCUUGAUGUGGAUCAAGAUUAAUGCUUUGACAGAGAGCAUUAUGUUUGUAGCAAUGUCUUGGUGUCAGUCCUCUCCAUCUUACUAACACCUGCCCCCCCCCCCUUUUAAUGAAGUGAUUUUAAAGUGAUACAGUACCUGUGUGCUCGGGAAUAGUAUUUUCUUUUAAUAGAAUUGUUGUUGUUGUCAGAAACAUUCAACAAAAUGAACUAAAUUAGCAUGAUGGAUGACCUUUAAUCAUGAAAUCUUGUAUUUUUACUUUCUUUGUAAACUAAACUUAUUUGGCAAUUCCUCUUUGAUCGAUGUUAAACAGUGCAAUAUCAUGAAUAAAUCAGUCAUUACUGAUAAGGAAAGAAUGGUGUGCAUUUCAUCGGAGCUCCUAAGCAGAAGUACCGGUAUGUGAAAGAAGUUUAUCCUUCAAGUGUGGACUUCAGACCUCCAAAUAAAUAAUAUUAUCUUUGCAUUUAAAGUAGCACUCACACCUUGGGAAAUUAAAUGAGUUCAAAAUCAACAUAGCACUCUUUGUCUGUCUGUACUUGAAGGUAUUGCCACUUAAAAGUGUUUGUUUUUCGUAAACUUUAGACCUCAUAAGGCUGUUUCAAGAUACCCAGGUCCUUGCUACAAGUUUGUUUUCAUAAGCUAAGAGGAUCUUAUCAGAUAGUGUACUUCUGUAUACUGAUGAAACUGUCAUUGGCUCAAUGCAGUUCAUUUACAUGAACAAUAAUUUCUUAUGUAUAGCUUAUUUAUGUAUAUGUUUGCAUUUAAGUUGCACUUAUCGUAUUUAUAUUUUAUUGUCAGGAUUAUAAUUUUACCAUGUCUUUUUUUAUAUUUUUACAUAUACUCCUUUUCUCCAGAAAUACUAACAUAUAUCCAUAAUACAUUGUCACCAUUUUGUUAUCGAAUUAUACCGUUGUUGAAUUGUACAUUGCAGAUAAUUUUAUAUGAGAUAGAAAUCCUAAAUUUGUAACAUAUUUGCAAUAAAUUGUUAUUUUUAUAACCAA